GAGGGCCGCGGGUGCCUUGUGGGAGCUGUAGUUCGGCCGGGGCCCCCGCGCCGCCUCUCCCCGCCGCCCAGGGGCUUCCCCCCGCUCCCCGGGGAGCCGCCCCGCCAUGCCGGGCUUCACCUGCUGCGUGCCGGGCUGCUACAACAACUCGCACCGCGACAAAGCGCUGCACUUCUACACCUUCCCCAAGGACGAGGAGCUGCGGCGGCUCUGGCUGAAGAACGUGUCCCGGGCGGGCGUCAGCGGCUGCUUCAGCACCUUCCAGCCCACCACGGGACACCGCGUCUGCAGCGAGCACUUCCAGGGCGGCCGCAAGUCCUACCUGGUGCGGGUCCCCACCAUCUUCCCGCUCCGCGGCGUUAACGAGCGCAAGACGCAGCGGGCCUCCCGCCGCCCCCGCCCCGCCGCUCCCGCCCCCGCCGCUCCCGCUGCCGCCGCCGCCGCGCAGGGCCCCGGUGCCCCCGCCGAAACCCCGGCAGGGGGCGCGGGCGAGGACGUGAAGCCCAUCGACCUGACGGUGCAGGUGGAGCUGGGGCCCGGGGCCAGCGCGGGGAUACCGGCGGCGGCGGCGGCGGCGGUGGGAGAGGAGGUCCCGGUGGAGGGCGGCCCCCCGGACCACUCGUACUCGCUGUCGUCGGGCACCACGUCGGAGGAGCUGCUGAGGAAGCUGAACGAGCAGCGCGACAUCAUCGCCCUGCUGGAGGUGAAGAUGAAGGAGAUGAAGGGCAGCAUCCGCCGCCUGCGCCUGGCCGAGGCUCAGCUCCGGGAGGAGAUCCGCGAGAAGGACCGGCUGCUCCACGCCGCCAGCGCCGGCACCCGCAAGCGCCACGGCCUCUGAGGGCUGCCGGGGCACGGCCCGGGGACACGGCUCUCCGCCCCGGGAUCUCCGCCGCCCUCCCCGAGGUGCCCGGACAGAGCGGAGACGGGAGGGGCUCCCGCCCCGCACUCCCCGGCUCUCGCUGCCCCGCGUUCCGCCUCCCCGCAGCCGCCAUCCGAUCCCCUGCCCGGACGGGGCCGCCGCUCCCCGUGCCCGUGACUCGACCCCGGAGCCGAACUGCGGGUGCCUCCGGGCAUCCCACCCGCCCCGGGCCCCUCGGCACCUCCCCUGUGCAGGCUGCGGCCGGCGGAGAGCGCUCGGGGUGCCGGUGGGAGCCGUGGCAGCCAUCGCACCCGUCAGCGGGCGGAGCGGGUGGGUUUGAGCAGCACAGGAACUCGUGGAGUGGAGUGGAGUGGAGUGGCAGCCACGGGAGCCCUGGGGAAGUUGCAUCGGGCUGGCACUGCACCCUGCAUAGGAACUAACAACAAGGAUGUCACGUUUGGCCUCGCUUAGCAAAGGCUCGAGGAAAGUUUUAGGAACCCUCUCGGGGUGGUGUGUGUGUUUGUUCAGUAAAUUACUGCUGCCGUAAGGACUGCUGCUUGUGGUGUGACAGGAUGCCCAGGUAAAGAGUGCUCUGGUGUGAGGGAGGUUCUGCUCUCUCGUCACAGCUGUCUGGAUGCUCCCAACACCAGGACAGAUCAGGAUCUGGUACAGAGACCCCAAGGGGCACCUGAGGGCUGCAGUUUGUCCCCUUGGCUUGAGAACUCCCUGUACUGAAACGGAGGCUUUGGGAAUGCAAAUCCUGGGCUGGUGUUCAGAGAGCUGAGAUGCAAUGGAGGCGAAGUGAGUUUGUCUGCAGUGGCUGCAAACCCCUUGCUGUCUCACCCUAAACUGUUUGGCAGGACUGAUACUCUGUAUGUCAGCAAGCAAGAGCUUACUGAGAGGUGCUGAUUGAGAGCAAGGUCUAGGAGACUUGUAAGCAAUCUGUGUGGAAUGAUGGUGUCAUGUCUGAUUCCAGCCAGCAUUGGCUCCCUCACCUUCAGCCACCCAGUUAGUGUUGGCUGCUGGAGAGAGGGGCUGGGUGUGAGGGCUGGCAGGAAACACACCUCCAGAUCAGGCAGUGGGGCAGGAGGAGGAAGAGGAGGGCACCUGGUUACUUGCACAGCUCUCUGGGGGUGCCUGUGGAGCUCCUGCAGAGGUGGGUGUUGCACCCCCGGUGUGUCCCUCCCUGCUGAGGUGCAGGGAAGUCACCCUGGGGGGUGUGAGCCUCCCCUGCAGCCCCGGGGCAGAUGGCAGUGUGGCUUUUACUAAACUAUAGAAGUAUUUUCUAAAUGUAAAAAGUAUCUUUAGUUUGACAAUAUUGUAACCUUUGUAACGCUGGCUGAUGUAGCUUUCCAGCUGUCUGCUCCCAUUCUCUGCAUGACCAAACAACAGGGGGGGGGGGGGGGGGGGGGGUUCGGGGGGCUGGAGCUUUGUCUCUUGGCCACGGAGCCCGUUGAGCACCGGUGGGCACAGCCUGGUCCCUGGUGCAUGGCUCGUUUUCUCUGCGUGCUGAGUUGGCUGGUGAGGAUUGUACAGGGCUUUCCAUGUCCUAAGUAGUGCCCAUGAUUUCAUUUUAAUUUAUUUUCUCCACCUGAUGUGUAGCUCUUACCUUCAGCUCCCUCGGAUCCCCCAUUUCCUGCGAGUCAAGCGAGCAGUGAACUUUCUGUUUGUUUGGGAUUUGCUGUAGGGAAGGCAGAUUCCUGUUCCACCAUCCUAUUUAACGUGUCCAGCAGAUCUCUCUGCUCCAACCCAAACAACAGGCAGCACAAGGUCUCUCCCCGUGCCCACGAGCAGUGGUGGGUGCACUGUAGCUCCUGGAGACCCUGCAAGUCGUGACACUCGUGGUACUUUUGCUACCAUCAGAAUGCACUUCAGGAUGUUCAGCCCUUUGGCCUGCUGGACUGGUUAACUGCUGGACUUUUUGACUUCUCCAGGUUACACUGAGGUGCUAACAUGCUUAACUUUAAUAAAGUAUAUUUUGUUUUGUUAUGC